GUUCUCGCGAGGUUGGAGGACGCGGGGCCGGCCCGGGCGGCUGCAAUAUGGCGGAGGCGGAAGGGGAGAGCUUGGAGUCUUGGUUGAAUAAAGCCACCAAUCCUUCCAACCGCCAGGAGGACUGGGAAUACAUAAUUGGCUUUUGUGAUCAGAUCAACAAAGAGCUUGAAGGGCCACAGAUCGCCGUCCGACUGCUGGCCCAUAAGAUCCAGUCUCCGCAGGAAUGGGAGGCGGUCCAGGCCCUGACGGUGCUGGAGGCCUGCAUGAAGAACUGUGGGAGGAGAUUUCAUAACGAAGUGGGAAAGUUCCGGUUUUUGAAUGAGUUGAUCAAAGUCGUCUCUCCAAAGUACCUAGGGGACAGGGUGUCUGAGAAAGUGAAGACCAAGGUCAUCGAGUUGCUUUAUAGCUGGACGUUGGCCCUGCCGGAAGAAUCAAAGAUCAAGGAUGCCUACCACAUGUUGAAGAGACAGGGCAUAGUGCAGUCUGACCCCCUGAUCCCUGUGGACAGGACGCUGAUCCCCUCUCCACCACCUCGUCCCAAAAACCCUGUUUUUGAUGAUGAGGAGAAAUCCAAGCUUUUAGCCAAGUUGUUGAAAAGCAAAAACCCAGAUGACCUGCAGGAGGCCAACAAGCUCAUCAAGUCCAUGGUGAAGGAAGAUGAGGCUCGGAUCCAGAAGGUGACCAAGCGCCUGCACACUUUAGAGGAGGUUAAUAACAAUGUAAAGCUGCUCAGUGAGAUGCUGCUUCAUUAUAGCAAAGAGGAUUCUUCAGAGGCAGAUAAAGAGCUCAUGAAGGAGCUGUUUGAUCGGUGUGAGAACAAGAGGCGGACAUUAUUCAAACUAGCCAGUGAGACAGAGGACAAUGACAAUAGUUUGGGGGACAUCCUGCAGGCCAGUGACAACCUCUCCCGGGUCAUCAACUCUUACAAAACAAUCGUUGAAGGGCAGGUCAUCAAUGGUGAGGUAUCUACCUCAGCCAUGCCCAACUCUGAAGGAAACAACCACUCCAGUAACCAAGGCACUCUCAUCGACCUUGCUGAGUUGGAUGCACCGAGCAGCUCCUCAGCCCCUGCCCCCACCUCCUUGGACAUCCCUAUCCUCCCUCCACCCCCCCAGGCCUCGGGAGGUGGGCGCAGCCACUCCUGCAGCCAGGCGGAGGCCCCCCCAGGACCCAACAGCGCGAGCAACGCCCUCUGCCUGCUGGACGAGGAGCUGCUCUGCUUGGGCCUCACUGACCCAGCCCCCAGUGUUCCUCCCAAAGAGUCAGCUGGAAACAGCCAGUGGCCCCUGUUCCAGAAUGAACAGUCGGACCUGGACUUCUUCAGCUCCAAACCUGGGACUGGUACCUGUAGCCCCUCAGAUGGGCCUCUCCUCCAGCCCUCCGCACUCCCCGCAGGCAACUCCCAGGCUCCUGUGGUCCCAGCCAGCGUUGCUGCCCCCAAAGCAGGCUCCUUUUUGUUCCCUACUGGACUGGCCCCAGCUUCGGCCCCAAAGGCUGAGCCCGCAGCACCUGGGUACCAUGGUUCAUGUUUGGGCGACAGCACCACGCACCAGCUGGAUGCGCUCGAUCAGCUUCUAGAAGAGGCCAAAGCGACCUCAGGCCUGGUGAAACCUGCCUCCGUCAGCUUCUUCCCUGGGGCCACCACCUCCCCUCUGAUCCCCACCAGCAGCUCAGCUAGGCCUCUCCUCCCCUUCUCCACGGGGCCCGGCAGCCCUCUUUUCCAACCACCUGCCUUCCAGUCCCAGGGCAGCCCCAUGAAGGGGCCCGAGCUCUCCCUGGCCAGUGUCCACGUGCCCCUGGAGUCUAUCAAGCCUAGUAGCGCCCUUCCUGUGACGGCCUAUGAUAAAAACGGCUUCCGCAUCCUCUUCCAUUUUGCCAAGGAGUGCCCUCCGGGCCGGCCAGACGUGCUGGUGGUGGUAGUGUCCAUGCUGAAUACGGCACCCUUGCCUAUCAAGAGCAUCGUGCUGCAGGCGGCAGUGCCCAAGUCAAUGAAAGUAAAGUUACAGCCACCGUCUGGGACAGAACUCUCUCCGUUUAGCCCCAUCCAGCCACCUGCAGCCAUCACCCAGGUCAUGCUGCUGGCCAAUCCACUGAAGGAGAAGGCGAGGCUUCGGUACAGGCUGACCUUCGCGCUGGGGGAGCAGCUGAGCACAGAGGUGGGCGAGGUGGACCAGUUCCCUCCUGUGGAGCAGUGGGGGAACCUAUGACCCCAGAAGACACUGUCAUCUGCACUUUGAAGCCCAGGCAGGCUGCCCCAAGAUGGGAGGCUCUCCAGGUCCAGUCAUUCUCCAUGUCCUGACUGCAGUGCUUAGAGGUUUGAUAUGGAACAGGGGCCCUGGGCAUUGCUGCCAGGAGCCAAGCUGCUGCUGUGAUGAUCUCUCUUGGCCCCUAAAAGGACCUCUUUUUAUUUACCUGUGUGACUUGAAGUGGCCCCCAAUCUGCACUCCACCCUGGGCACAUGGACCCAAGGCUGGAGUAGGCUGUUCCCCUUGUGCUGGCAUCCCCUGAUGCCACAACAGGGAGGUCCCUGCAGAGAGACUCAGGGCCCUCCCUCAAGGACCGUGUCCUCACACCCCCAGAUGUCUCAGCCCCUGCAUCGCUACUCCGUGCGUCCCCUGGCAGGCGCCUGCUUCCACCUUCAGCGAGGUGGGCAAAGCCCAGUAGUCCUGAUGGCCCUAGGCCCACAGUAAGGAGUUGGAGUGCUGCCAAAUCUCCCACCCCUGCCUUCCGUGGGCAGCGUCAUCCUGGAAUGGUCACUGGAUGAUGAGUUGUGUGCUUUUCCUGGCGGUGGCAGGCUGUGUCCUAUGGACAUCUCAGUAGGACAAGGAACUCAACCUAUUAGAAACAGAACUUGGCCUCAUGGCAGCCUAAACUAGGGAUAGGAAAGAAAAUGGAAGAGAACCAGUGUUUUGCCUUCUCUGAAAGCUACUCAGCACUUUCUGGGAAAAGCGUGCCUCCUGCUGUGGGAACAGACCAUCCUACUCACUACCUCUUGCUUGGCAUGAAAUAAACUGCUGUCCUGCCCUUCAAGUCUCUGAAGGGGAAGACAAUGCCCAUCACCCUGUGUCCUCCUGCUUUGGCCUCCCCUUCCUCCCACCAGAUGGCCUGUGCUGUCACAUAUGGUCGGGAACAGGAGGCCUUAGGGUUAGACACAUUGCACUAGACUUCUGUCCUUACCUGCCACCCAGAAACGACUGUCCCCAGCUGCUGAGGAGCAUUGUCAGCGAGAUGUUGGGUCUGGAGGUGGUGAGAUUAGGGGCCUUGCUUGAAUCGAGUCACCAGACCCUAUUGCUUUGACAGUGCUUAGCCCCAGCUGCUCCAUCCAGCAGAUGCAACUGGACCAGGGACUCUAGGCCUCACAAGACGAUAGGAAAGUGAGAACCACCAGCUGGGGAAAGAGCACACAGCUCACCUGAAGGGCUCAGCUGGAGGGCUCAGACUCCUCUCCAGGCAAAGGUGGCACAAGCCAUGUUCCCUGAUCCUUGCCAGGCAUCCUUAUCCUAUCAAGUCAUCUACCUUUCCCUCCCAUGGUUAGCAAGCAGGUUUCACUGCUUCACUAGGACAGUCAAAAGUGAAUCAGUUUCACUACUUAAGGACUAAAUCCAAGAGCUUUCCAGAGAUGAGCCGCUGCAGCCCUGGGAAGGUCUGUGGAAUUACUAUGUGGAAAUGUACCUUUAUAAUAAGCUUCAGACAUUAAAAUUAUUUAUGAGUGUUACUCAUUACUACUGAGGUCACUGCUUUGUGACAAACGACUGUACUGGAUAUAUCAACUGCUGCCCUUGUUUUGCUGCAUGUUAAAUAAAACCAUUUUCGCCCUA